AUGUGGCGGAGCUCGAAGCGGCGGAGGUGGCGCUGCGGCAAGACGGCGGCGUUUCACACCCUGGAGGUGGCUCAUUGCUGGAGAGAGAGCUCAACCACGAGCACCACCAGCAGCGGCGGCGGCAGCAGCAGCACGGCUAUGGCCACUGGCCACAACAGCAGAAGCAACCGCCGCGAGGCAGCGGUGCCGCGUCGUAGUUGCCUUCACCUUACUGAUCCAUCCACACUGCAACUAGAGCUUCAUGUCUAUACAUGCGCAUGGCACAUCUGCCCUUGCGCGUCGCACGAUACACAGACAUAG